AUGGAGUACUCGCAAGGUCGAUGUGUUGUUCCAUUCCUCAUUAGGCUGUGGCAAGGUCCCAUUCAGACACGGGGCGGAUGGCUAACGCAAAGUUGCCGUCGUCAUACUGAUUGUCAACAACGCCGAAAUAUCCAUCAAGAUUCCAAACCGCUGCAUACAUCAGCCACUGUCGGAAUUCACCCCAACAUCCAGAAUUCAGACUCCAUCAUUAAACAUGCUGCGAAUGAAAAUGUCAGUGCUGCACCCGAGCUGAACUUUAGCGAUACUGAGAAUUCAUUUAAAACCAAGACGACCUUGGAAAUAUGUCGAGCGUUGGCGGUGUUGAAAAUGUGCUCUUACUCGUACUUUGUCGACAACAGUUUCAAGUUGAUGGCAACAUCGCAGAACAUUCUUGGUGAAUACAUAACCUCACGUUUAUUGAAAUCUACUUUCUACGGACAGUUUGUAGCGGGACAUGACAUCCCAACUAUUGUGAAGUGUGUGAAGAGACUCGAGCUUGCCGGCAUUGCGUCGAAAUUAGCUAUACCACUGGAGAAAGAUUUAGGUGGACCCAGCACCAGUGAUGAAUACCGGGACAAACGAUGUGCUGAGAAUAUUAAUGCAAUGGAACAAUGUGUGGACCAGACACUACAUGUAUGUGAUAAAACUAAACCACUUAUCAUGCAAGUGCGAUUCAGUGCAUUGGUACAGCCCGAAGUGUUGGUCAAAAUUGGUGAGCCAAUUGUGAAAAGUGGAUAUGCAUAUGGUGACGGCGGACCAUUGAGUAUUCAGAAUUUCGCAAAGGGACUAAAUCAAGUCAACGACAAGAUAGAGAGAGUUCCUGGACUGACCGAUUCUGAAUUUGAACAUGUUAAUAAUACCUUGCAUCGUUUGGACAGACUGGCACAAAAUGCUGUAUCUAACAAUACAAAGAUUCUAGUAGAUGCGGAAUAUACAUAUCUCAAUCCAGCAAUGACACUGAUAACUUUAGCUUUGAUGUACAAAUACAACAAGACUGAACCAUUCAUAUGGAACACAUAUCAAAAUUAUCUCAAGGCAGCACGUACGAACAUCAACAGAGAUAUUGGGAUGGCUGAAAAGUUGGGUUUCACGUUUGGUGUGAAACUGGUUAGAGGAGCAUACAUUGAUAGGGAAAGAGAAAGAUCCAAACAAAUGGGAUAUGAAGAUCCCAUCAGCCCGGAUUAUGAAGCUACAAAUAAAAUGUAUAAUCAGAAUUUAGUUAUGUUAUUAAAAUUAAUCAAAAAACACGGAAAACGAUACAAUAUGAUUAUAGCAUCCCACAAUGAAGAAAGUAUAAAUCUAGCUGUAAACAAGAUAAAUGAACUUGGUAUUGAUAAGACGGAUGGCACAGUUUGUUUUGGUCAGUUGUUAGGAAUGUGUGAUCAAGUAUCCUAUGCUUUAGGUCAGAAAGGGUAUUUAGCGUACAAGUCACUGCCAGUGGGCACAUUAGAUGACGUGAUGCCAUACCUUGCUAGAAGGGCGUUAGAAAAUCGAUCUGUCUUGGCUGGCGCUAAACGAGAAAGAGAACUGCUAUGGGGAGAACUGAAGAGAAGAACAUUGCACUUUUAA